AGAGGAUCCUGCUUUGUUCCACUCACACUCAUGUCGUUUGACUUUAUUCAGGUUUGCUAGUGUGCCCAUACAGUCAAGACUGUGCCUUCGACACUCACUACAAACGAUCGUGACUACACCAGAAUAGUGCUAGCCGUCAUCUUCAAAAUCAAGUCCCACCACUAUCUAGUCGUGUUUGUCGCUCCAUUCAGCUCUCUCGUUGUCUUGGUGUUCUUCGCUCCUCGAACUGGAAUUGGGGCUUGAAAAUUUAAUCAGUGUCAGCAGAGGUUAUUAAUAUUCCCGGGCCACAUUACUGCAUACUCGAGGCUGGUCGCUCCCAUAAACUAUUUAUACCCGACUAAAGGUUUGUAGUAAGUCAAAAAUCCCGCCGGGAGAGUACCUCGGCCUUCAUUCAUCGGACCACCACCACCAACAGUGUGAUUAAGCAAUUUGCCACUUCAAGACACUUGUGGAGCUCCCAUGUAGUCAGAAAUUCCUCGACUCGUUAGGACCCGUUGCUUUGGCAAUAUUGCUUCAAAGCCAUCCCAUCACAAUCGUGUUCCAUCACGAGGCAGACCAAGAAACUUUGAGUCCGAACCUCCUUGGCUAUCACAGACCACAGUUCAGCACUUACACAAACCCAUCCAUCAUCCUUCUGUCUGAUUCGUUUGCCACUGUUUCCGUUGAUUUCUCUCAAAUGCAGUUGCACUUUACCUCCGAGAGCACCUCUCUUAACCGCUUCCUUGGUUUGGCCAUUCUCUGAGUGAUUUGUUGUGCCUAAUUUUAUGUUCCUUCUCGUCUUCAUGUGGAGACUCCGAAAUCCAACCUCGCCAAUUCGGUUGUUGGCCCUCCCAGUGUGAUCACAUCGCAAAAACCAUCAUCAAACAAAGUCACCCCAAAUCCAAUCAGUCCAAUCGGCAGCAGCACUUUUCAAGCACUCAAUCACCAAUACCACCACCAACACUACCAAGUCAGUGGCUUGAGCACUUUGAAGCAAAAACUGGGGUCCUUUGCCAACAUGUACGGGAUGAUGUACUCUCCCGAGCAUCACCCUCAUCACCAUCCUCAUCAUCACCAUCAUCAUCACGCCCAUUCUGCGCAUUCAGCGGCCAAAAUGAUGAUGAACAGCAAGCCCUUGGGCUCACCCAGUGGUCAAUCGCCCAAUUGCUUCAGUGGUAGAUACUCCCCCACCUACAGGGUCCCAGAUCAAAUGAGAGAUCCCAUGAGGAGAUGCAUGACCAAUCCACCGCCUGAGCUCUUUGGCCUCAACGACGGUUCGUUAUUAAGUCGAGCUUCGGCAGCCGAUUUGGUCGUGGAGAUGAAGCACCCCGCAGUGUCAUGUACCACCUCGCUGCCCUCCCCUACGUCAGGGGGCGUGGGUUCCGGUGGGUUUCACAUCAAGACUGACAUGAUGUACACCACAGGCAUUCCUGUGUCAGGUGUGUCUUCGGGCGGAUCCACAAUCGGAGGCGGAUCCUUGUCCCUGAACUCUCGGAUUCAUCAGAUGGACCACAUGAGUGGCUUAGAGAUGUUGGGUAGCCCUCAUUCCACGGGUGGCGGUAGCACGGGCAGUGCCGGAGGUCCAGCCAUUGAUCCUGUGUCCAUAGCCAUGAGCGCCACACCCACCCCUCUUCCGCCCAGUAGUAUGUCCUCGUCAGGCGUGGAUCAUCACUCCCAAUUGGCCGCCAUGGGCAUGUACUCUCACCCCUCCUCCAUGAUGUCCCCUCACCCACCCAUUGGCCAUCACCACUCCCACCAUCAUACCACGUCUGUUCCAAUGCAAGACGUGGAUGCCGACCCAAGUCCGUUCAUUUCUAGAGAGUUGGAGGCCUUUGCAGAGCGCUUCAAGCAGAGACGCAUUAAACUGGGGGUAACGCAAUGUGAUGUCGGCAAAGCCCUGGCCAAUCUUAAGCUUCCUGGCGUGGGUGCCUUGUCCCAAAGCACAAUAUGCAGGUUCGAAUCUCUGACACUCAGUCAUAACAAUAUGAUCGCCCUGAAGCCUGUCCUGAGUGCGUGGCUGGACGAAGCCGAGGCUGCCAAGCGCGAUCCCGAUGGCUGUCACGGUGUCCUUCCCCCUGGAGAAAAGAAACGAAAGCGGACCUCAAUCGCAGCCCCCGAGAAAAGGUCGCUCGAGGCGUAUUUCGCCGUCCAGCCACGCCCAUCCGGAGAGAAAAUAGCCGCCAUUGCCGAGAAACUUGACCUGAAAAAGAAUGUGGUACGCGUGUGGUUCUGCAACCAACGGCAGAAGCAAAAGCGAAUGAAGUUCGCCGCACAGGGUGGUCUCUGAGGAAACGCCGCUUGGGGAAGUCCAUUCAACUCCAGCCAAGCCUCCAACUCGUUGAUAUCCAAUCCUGCACCUUAUGGGGAUCCGUAUGUCAUGAUGUCCAGUGGAUCUCACCAUCCCAACCAUGGAGGAACCCCAAGCGGAAUCGUUUCUGAUCAUGUCUUCGUCAAGCGGGAAUGCUUUGAUCCCUAUUAGUCCAAACCGUACAUCUGGUGGGGACGAGCUCGCUUAGCAAACUAACAAAACUGAACAAGAUGAAGAAAAAAUCUUCUUGUCUUGUACUACAACCAACCAAAGAAAUACUCUAAAUGAUGGAGAGAAAGAGGGCGCUUUCGAGCCAUCUUAGUCAAUACUAAAUGCCGUGGAAACAGACCAAACUACAAGUCAUUACUGCUACUACUACUAUUACUAUGAUUAUCAUCAUCAUCACUUUUGCGACUAACACCAAAAUGAACCACUCAAAUUACUCAUAUCAUCCUAUCAUUACGAUUGAACAACUAUCUCUCACCAUGUUACAACAACCUAUCAAUACCACUCGGAUGAACCCUAACAAUUUGUGAGUCAAGCUUUUCAUUGAUCCUCUUCGCACUUGAGGGUCACUGAAUUUGCUAUCAACAACCCAACCAACCAACCAACCAACCUACCAACCAACCAAUCAAUCACACGAGACAAUUGCCUUUCGUAAGAAUAAUGCCCAAUUAUUAGUUAAAUCAUUCCCAUUGUUAUUGUAACCAUCCUAUUCACUCGGAACCAUCCUAUCUAGUCAAAUCUGUACCAAAGAUCGUUUACCCACUCAUAUCCCAGUCCUACUUUGGAACUCUUCCAAAAGUGAACUUUAUUUACUUACACUCCAGCUGAAGAGAAACAUCGGUGUGACUGGUUUUUUUUCGCACUGAUCACUUCAAACCAGUUAAUCAUCAUCAUCAUCAUCAUAAUCAUCAUACUCGCUGACAGAUCAUUUGACUAUUCACUAGCUUACAUACAAACAGACUACACAAAACUAUGUCCCGAUUUUGUUCCAAUACCUUCCUAUUCUUGUUUAACGUUCGAUGGUUAGACAAGCCACCUGUUUUGCUCAAUUCAUGAUUCUCAUAUUCUGUUUACAUCCUUCUCUUGUGAUCUCCUCAUCAGCCCAUCAAUCAUAUCAAUUGCAAUGGAAAUAAAGAUAAAGAUAAUCACUACGAACAUA